AUGACCAUUCUUAUUAUAGGUGGCGUAACAGCCACUGGUAAAACAAGUACUGCUAAAUUGUUGCAUCAAUAUUUUGGAUGGGAUUAUCGUGAAGCCGAUGAAUACCAUUCACCAGAAAAUAUUGCUAAAAUGAGUGCUGGCAUACCAUUAACAGAUGAAGACCGUUUUCCAUGGUUAAUGAAGUUACACGAGACUAUUAAGCAGUAUAUUUACGAUGGUAAAUCAGUUAUCCUCACAUGUUCAGCUUUAAGAGAAAUAUAUCGUCAUAUGUUAUUAGCUGGUACGAGUACCACCAGUGAUCUUCCACCUGAUUGUCAAAUAUAUUUUAUUUUCUUAACGUUACCCAAGGAGGUGCUACACGACCGUUUAGUUGCUCGUCAAAGUCAACACUACAUGAAUCCAUCAUUGCUCGGUUCACAACUUGCAACGUUUGAAGUACCUGAUAUAAACGUGGAAAAAAAUUGUUAUGUUAUCGAUUGUAAUGGUCUCACGCCUCAAGAUGUUGUAGAAAAAAUAAAAAUAAUUUUACACGAGAACAGUGGUAUAAAAAAAGUACAGGUAUAAUUGACUAUUUAUUUUUAUUUUCUAGUUAUUAUUAUUUAAUCUUUUUUUUAAAUUAUAUUUUAAAUUAUACUUCAAUGUUAUAAAAAAUGCAAUAAUAACUAACAUAUCAAAUUUCAAUUAACUUAUCUCAAAUUAACUCUAACAUUUCUUACAUCUACAUUUUUGUAGUGUGUAGUUGAUGAAAUAAAUCGAUGAUUUUUGAAACUUAUAUUUUCUAAGAAAGGAGUUUUAUUUUUAAAAGUCUAAUCGAUGGUAGAAGAUUCUCGGGUAAGAACAAGCGAAGCUGGAGAUUGAUUUUUGCCUUGGAAUCAUCCUGAUUUUCCUCCUUUUUCUUUAGAAAAGUGUUGAAAAAAAAACGAGUAAAACUAUAGAAAAAUAGAUGAAAAUCAACGUAUAAGAAGAAAGUUACUAUAAUUAAGAGAUGUUCCGACGAACAAAUAUACGUAGUAUGCUUAACAAGUUUAUCACAUUUCUAGAAAAUAACUAAGAAUUCUUCGACGAUGAAUGAAUAAUUGUAACGAUUAGAUCAAUAAAUUGCAUUCGACGAUAAUAAAAAGUUUUCUUCAUCAUUCGAUAUUCAGAAUUUAAGUGACGCUACUAAUAAUGACUAUCGAACAACAUUUCUGAGAAAAUUGGUAAAUCACGUCCAAGAUUCUUUUUUUAAUAAUCAGUAACCAAGUUGAAUUAUAUCCGUCGGCUGAUCAGUAAGCUCUCCUUGGGACAUUUCCAUUUGCUGAUCAUCUUCAUACAUAAAUGGUGGUGCAUUCAGAUAUUCUUCUCCUAUUUAAUGACCUGUGACGUACUGAACUUUUUUUUAUUAAAUUCUUUUCGUUUCAGUUCUGUUAGAACUGGAAUUCAUGGAUGUACAAUAUAAAAAAUAAACGCACGCUUUAACCGUGCUAACUUGAUGGUUUAAACAUCAAAAUCUGAAGUUUUAUUUAAUCUGAUAUUAUAACCGUACCAACUUGACGCUUUUUUCAAUCUGACAGUUAAAUCACAAUGUCCUAUUUAUUUUAAUAUGAAAUAUAUCUGUCAAAUAUCAAUAGUUUACCUGGUAAAAAAUAAUAAAAAUAUUCUUAUGAUAUUCGCUUGUUAUGUAGCUACGUUUUCGUUGUUACUAUCCAUCUCAAAAUACAGUGCCGGUGGGCAUUUUUUGAAUAACUUUUGAUAGGAAUGAGAUAGAGACCUGCGAUUUUCGCUGUUCGAUAGCCAAGACUUG